CUAUGCCAUUUUCUUAGCUCUCCCCUACCUACGUACCUGUAAAACCCCAACAUAAUCUUUCACUCUCUCUCUCUCUCUCUCUCUCUCCCCCCUUUGACACGUGCAAUGGCCAUUUGCUACCAGGCUCCGGUAAAGCCCAUCUGUGUUCGACCUCCGACAACUUUCUCCUCGGCCUCCAAAUCCCCGUCUUUCCGCUGCAACUUCUCUCUGCCCUCUUCAACCCAAAUACGGGAACCCGAACCGAUAUUGGUCUCCGUCAAGGCUUUCGCACCGGCUACCGUCGCUAACCUCGGACCCGGUUUCGACUUCCUCGGUUGCGCCGUGGAUGGCCUCGGAGACUUCGUGUCAAUCUCUGUCGACCACAACGUCCACCCGGGACAGAUCUCCAUUUCCCACGUCUCCGGCGACGCCUCCUCUAAACUCAGCAAGAAUCCUAACUGGAACUGCGCCGGCAUUGCUGCCAUCGAGGUCAUGAAGAUGCUCGGCAUCAGAUCAGUUGGCCUUUCCCUCUCCCUUGAGAAAGGCUUGCCAUUGGGCAGCGGCCUAGGCUCCAGCGCCGCCAGCGCUGCCGCCGCCGCUGUAGCAGUCAACGAGAUCUUCGGCGGGAGACUCGGACCCGAAGAGCUCGUCCUCGCCGGGUUGAAGUCGGAGGAGAAGGUAUCGGGUUACCACGCCGAUAACGUGGCCCCGGCGAUCAUGGGCGGCUUCGUUCUGGUCCGCAACUACGAGCCACUGGAGCUUAUGAGACUCAACUUCCCGGCCGAAAAUGAUCUCUUCUUUGUUCUCGUGAGCCCGGAGUUCGAGGCACCCACGAAGAAAAUGCGGGCGGCUUUGCCUGGUGAGAUUGGGAUGGCGCACCACGUUUGGAAUUGUAGCCAGGCCGGGGCGCUGGUGGCGUCGGUUUUUCAGGGGGACUUGGUGGGAUUGGGAAAAGCUUUGUCGGCGGAUAAGAUUGUGGAGCCGAGGCGGGCGCCAUUGAUUCCCGGUAUGGAAGCGGUGAAGAAGGCGGCCAUUGAGGCCGGUGCGUUCGGUUGUACGAUUAGCGGGGCAGGGCCAACGGCAGUGGCGGUCAUAGAUAGUGAGGAGAUGGGGAAGAGGAUUGGGGAGAGCAUGGUGGAGGCGUUUUGGAGAGUGGGGAAUUUGAAGGCGGUGAAGGCAGUAAAGAAGCUUGAUAGGGUGGGUGCCAGGCUUGUUUCAUGAUGAUCAUUGCAAUUUGAGUUUUUUAUUUUUUUGUCAAAGCAUUGGCUUUCAAUUUUGAUGUUUAAUUCUACGUUACCAACUGCAAAUUAGAGCAUCUGAUGGCCAAUAAAUAGUGAUGAAACAAUGAAAUUUAUGAUUGUUGUAUGAGUUUUGCUGGCUGUUGUGAUCAAUAUUAUGAGGAAAAAUGGUUAUCUGACA